AUGCGCUGCUCUCUUCCAAUUGUUGCCGUCCUCGCGGCGUGCUUCACCACCGCUGCUGCGCUCCCCCAGUCGGGGAUGAAGAUCCGCGCCGCGGACGCCACCACCGACAAGAAGCCCAAGUACUCGGUCGUGCCGCUCGAGCCUGGUGAUAACCAUUCGGGCGGUGGAGGCGGUGGCGGUGGCGGCGGCGAUGAUAAUACCAGCACUGGAGGCGUUACCAUCAUCAAGACGGUGACCAAGACGUCGGAGCCGACCACCGAGGUCAUCACCAAGACCGCCGAGCCGGAGACUGUCACCAAGUCGAUCCCGACCACCAUUUCGGUCAUUGACAUGACUGGAGAGCCGACAACCACGGUCACCGUCACGCCCACGCCCGUGCCGCCACCAACUACCACCACGCGACCCUCGACGGCGUCGCCUCCUCCGGUGUCAACCCCGCCUACAUCGAGCGAGAACUCGACCGCCACCUUCACCAACAAACCUUCCACGAGCAUCCCGCUCUUCACGACUGGCAGCACUUCCGCGGCACUCACCACCACCGACACCGUCUCGACGCUGCCCACGAGCUUCACCAGCAUCGUCACGAUACCAACCACAUUUGCGACCAUCACCACGACGCCUCAGUCGUCCACCUCAACUCGCACCUACGACGACGGCCAGUGGCACACCACGUACCCUGCGUGGAACGGCACCAUGACCUACCGCUACCGGCGGCGCUCUUAA